GAAGAUAACAUCUCUAACUGGGGUAAAGGCCACUUCGGCUGCUCUCAUCCGUUGGACACCAGCAAUUUGACACAUUGUUUCCGGAUAGUUUUAGCGAAGUUGGGAACCGGACUUGCUCCUGAACUGAAUCGUCCGUUCACAUUCUCUGCGAUAAAAACAUAUCUGCAAGAGAAAUCAGACGUUUCAGAAUGUUGCAAAACACAGGAAAGCUAGCGGGGAAAACCCUGUUCAUUACAGGGGCAAGUCGUGGGAUUGGGAAAGCCAUCGCACUCAAAGCUGCUAAGGAUGGUGCCAAUGUUGUCAUAGCUGCUAAAACGGCACAGGCCCACCCCAAACUACCUGGAACCAUCUACAGCGCUGCAGAAGAAAUCGAGGCAUUGGGAGGCAAAGCGUUGCCUUGUAUCGUAGACGUCAGAGAUGAGAAGCAGAUUGGAGAGGCAGUGGAACAGGCCGUGCAGAGGUUUGGAGGUAUUGAUAUCCUGGUGAACAAUGCCAGUGCCAUUAGUCUGACGGGAACCCUGGAGACACCCAUGAAGAAAGUGGACCUUAUGUUGGGCGUCAACCUCAGAGGGACCUAUCUGACGUCUAAGCUGUGCAUCCCACAUCUAUUGAAGAGUAAAAACCCUCACAUCCUGAACCUCAGCCCACCGCUUAACCUAAACCCCAUCUGGUUCAAAAACCACACCGCAUACACAAUGGCCAAGUACGGUAUGUCCAUGUGUGUUCUGGGCAUGGCUGAAGAGUUCAGAGGGUCCAUCUCUGUCAAUGCCUUAUGGCCUAAGACCGCAAUCCAGACUGCUGCUAUGGAGAUGUUAGGCGGUGCUGAGGUGGGUAAGCAGUGUCGUAACGUUGACAUCAUGUCAGACGCAGCCUACGCCAUCCUCGGUAAGCCGCCCAGCUACACCGGGAACUUUGUCAUCGACGAGGAAAUUCUGAAGACCGAGGGAAUUAAAGACUUUGACAUUUACGCUGUCGCUCCAGGUAAUGCACUGCUCCCAGACUUCUUCCUGGAUGAGGCUGAGGCUCUGGUGCAGAACAUGGGGGAUCAGGUUGUCAUCCCAGGGGUCAAGGGUGACUCGCGCAGCGCUGCUACCGGUGGGCCCAUAGGGGAAACAUUCAAUAUCAUCAAGGGAGUCCUCAACCCUGACAUUGUCAAAUCCACUGGAGGAGUCUACAAAUUCAACCUGUCUGGUGAGCAUGCAGGCGUGUGGUUCAUUGACAUGAAGAACGGCGGGGGCAGUGCAGGUAGCGGAGAGCCCCCAGUGAAAGCUGACGUGGUCAUGACCAUGGACAGCGCUGACUUCACCAAGAUGUUUGCAGGCAAACUGAAGCCCACCAUGGCCUUUAUGUCAGGGAAGCUGAUGAUUAAAGGAGACAUGAGCCUGGCUAUCAAGAUGGAGAAGAUGAUGUCCAUGAUGAAGUCUAAACUCUAACUACGAGGAGAUGCCUAUUCACUACAUCUGGUGCCUUCAAGACAACUGGGGAACUUUAUUAAAAAAAAUAUAAUCUGACUGUUAAAAAAUCGUGAUGGUGAGAUCUUCAGGUCGGAGAAUUCAGGGAUCUCUUGGAUGAUGCCCCGAUUUCUGAAUUCGGACGUUGGAGAUUUCCAAGUUCCGUGUUGUCUAAAAUAACACCCUAUAGGAGGGUGUCCGGGACCGACCCAGAAUGUCUAACGAACGUGCCGUUCUUCCGUCUCUGUGUCAUGAUGAACUGUCCGUCCUCCCCGUCUCUAACGUGCAGUUGUCUAAUAAACCAGUUGCUCUACUUGU